UAUUAUUAUCGUGUUUGUGUGUGGGAAGGGGGCAUAGAAGAUGGAUCUGAUUCUGAGAUUUAUUUAUUUAAGAGAUUAUCUAUCACUUUUGGUGCAUUUGUUUUCAAAAAAAGAUUGCUCCCUCUCCAUUCUUCAAUUCUUCUCUGAUUAAUUUUCCACUUCUCUUAGCUCAUUCACCCACCCUCUAGCUAUCCAAAAUCAAUAGAUACAAUUGUUCAGUUUUAUUAUUAAUUUAUGGAAAUUGAACAGCAAGCCAUGAAAAUGAUGAAGUCGUCUAGGUUCAGACGAAUCUGUGUGUUCUGUGACACCAGCCAUGGCAAGAACCCCAGCUACCAACACGCUGCAAUCCAACUCGCCAAACAACUUGUGGAGAGGAACAUCGACUUGGUUUAUGGAGGAGGGAGUAUUGGGUUGAUGGGUUUAAUCUCACAAGUUGUGUUUGAUGGUGGACGCCACGUGUUAGGGGUCAUUCCAACUACUCUUAUGCCAAUAGAGAUAACGGGGGAGAGUGUAGGAGAAGUGAGGGCAGUGUCGGGUAUGCACCAACGCAAGGCAGAAAUGGCGAGAGAAGCCGAUGCAUUUAUUGCACUGCCAGGUGGAUAUGGCACCCUGGAAGAACUACUUGAAGUGAUCACCUGGGCUCAACUAGGAAUCCACGAUAAACCCCAGGUGGGGUUGUUGAACGUUGAUGGCUACUACAACUCGUUGCUGUCAUUCAUGGACAAUGCUGUAGACCAAGGUUUCAUUACACCCGCUGCCCGUCACAUUAUUGUCUCUGCCCAAACUGCCCAAGACCUCAUUUCCAAGCUUGAGGAAUAUGUCCCGAAGCACUGUGGCGUGGCACCAAAGCAAAGUUGGGAGAUGAACCAACAGUUAUAAACAGUUAACACUGCAAAUUGCCAAAUUCAGACACUUGAAGUUAACCAAGUCGAAUCUACAUAUUUUCUCUGCCCCAUUAGAAAAUAGCUUUCUCAAUACAAAUCAAGCCUUAUGGCUGACAUUGUGUUAUCGCGGAUCGAUCAGAAUCUGAUCUGUAUGAUCAAAGAACGUAACACCAGAAAACUUCCAUCAUUAAUCGUCGGAGCUUAUAGAUUCUGUGCUAUAUAGUAAGGCUUGCUUCAGUCAAGUGAUGGGUACUUUCUAAAUAGCUAUUUCAAACAAUUAUUCAGUUCUUAAAUCGUUUAGCUAUUUUUCUAUUUUUGUUCGUUGACAAAGUACACCCGUUUAUAUAAACUUUUGUGUAUGAA